AUGAUCCGCAAGCGGAACGGAUCCAAAGAUUCUCGCCAACAUUCAAGUCCCAGGCGAGAAUCGGCAGACCUCAGCACCUCUCCCCACGACGACGACGACGACGACAACGACUACGACGACGACGACAACGACUACGACGACGACGUACAGCUUCGCUGCUGGCCAACACAAAACAUGGCACACCGUCUCAUCACCCAAGUCGUCCUUAUUGGCGGCCGCGUGCUCGGCCGCGCCUUCACAGAAGCGUACAAGCAGGCGCAGGCAUCAUCGAACUACCAGCGCGCGCAGGCCAAGCUCAACCCGAAUGCCGUCUCCGCCCGCGCCAGCCUGUCGAGCGGCAUGACGCUCGGCGAGGCGUGCCAGAUCCUCAACGUCAAGCCCCCGCAGAACGGCCAGACCAACAUGGAGGAGGUCAUGUCGCGGUUCAAGGCGCUCUUUGACGCCAACGACCCGCAGAAGGGCGGCAGCUUCUACCUCCAGAGCAAGGUCCUCCGCGCUAGGGAGAGGAUAGAGGCAGAGGUGCGGCCGGCGAUGGAGAAGGCCGCGCAGGAGGCCGAGGUCAAGGAGGGGUGGAAGCCAAAGGUGUACAAGGACAGGUAG